UGCAACGCUGGAAACGACAGCGUUUACAGAAAAAUUGAAGCUCAGUUCUGGUAACACUGAAACAUAACCACCUUCCAAUCCCAAACUACCGAUCUGGAUCUCACAAACCCUAACAAUGUCGGUCGAAAUUCCGUACGAUCUAAUCAAGCAAGUACAGAUCGCAGUUCUCAAAGAAGCCAACCUCUCAUCAUACGAUCCAGACGACGCGUCGGUUCCCAACUUACCGUCGUUUGAGUCUUCCAUUUCUGAGCUUGACCCGUCUCCCGAAUAUCUCCGAUGCAAGCAUUGCAAGGGAAGACUUCUCAGAGGCGUAAUGUCUUUAAUUUGCAUGUUUUGCGGCAAACAACAAGCUCAACAAGAAACGGCACCUGAGCCUAUUAAUUUCAAGUCCACGUUUGGAUGCCGUUGGUUACUUCAAUCCCUUGCGUUAGAUGGAUCGGAGAUUGCUGGGGUGCCUGUUAAAGCAAAGGAAUUAAACAGAGCACAGAAUACCGGACAGGAAGAGUUUCCGUUGUCGGAUUUUCUAGAUUUGGAAAUAAAAUGGCAGCCUGAGUUGGAAAAAGUUGAGAGUGAGAGUUAUAAAAGUCCUUUGCAUUUAGUUGGUAUCAAUCUUGACAACAUUUUCACUGAAGGUAAAAAAGACACUGUCUCGGAACAGCAGGUGGUGGAAGACCGAAAUGAUGAUGGUGGUGGAGAUAAUGAUUUUCAAGUUCGGGGUCAUAGUUCUUUAGAGAAUGUUAAGCGUUUUGAGCCGGUUGUGAGGUCUACGGAGGACGAGAGUGGUGGUGACUCAUUUGAUGGUUGGGAGGCCAGCUUCCAAUCUGCUGAUGAUGGAAAUGCUCGUGAGGAAUCUAAAUUGGAUGAUCCUGUUGUCGGGUCGUCGGUAGAUCUUUCUGCCCACAUGGAUGCAGUGUUUGGAUCUGAAAAUAUCGGUUCUUGUGCAAUCAAAACUAAUGACGGGCUUCAAGAUGACCUAUGGAGUAGUUCCAACUCUGAAAAAUUAGGCAAAUCAAACCAGGUUGAUGUGACUGCAACAACGGAGGAUGUUGGAACACUGGACAAUGUGAAUAAUUCUUCUUCCAUGAGUAUUGAUUUUAUUCAAGAUGCACAAUGGAAAAGUGAAAGCAACAGUGCACCUGAUAAGACAGCCAUUCACGACGAAGAUGAUUCAUUUGAUGCUUGGAAUGAUUUUACUGGCUCGACUACUGUGGAAAAUCCUACUAAUAUUAGUGAGGCCAAGCAGUUUGAAGUGACUGCAAUUGUUAAACAUGGUGGAGAAGCGGAGAAAGCAAAUAAUUCGUCCUCCAGAAGUAUUGAUUUGGUUCAAGGCGGCCAACUGCAAACUGACAACAUUGAAAUUCCUGAUAAUAAAGUCAUUAAUGAAGGAGAUGAUCCAUUCAAUGCUUGGAAUGAUUUUGAAAGCUCAAAUAGUGUACAAGAUACAUUUAACAGACAAACUGACCAGGCCAAGCAGCUUGAAGUGAAUGCGAAUAUUAAGGACAGUGAGAUGGAAAAUGCUAAAAAUUCUUCUUCCAUGAAUGUUGAUUGGUUUCAAGAUGAUCAAUGGCAAACCACGAGUAAGAAGGCACCUGAGAAUAAAACUGUUGAUGAUCUCUUUGAUACUUGGAAUGAUUUUACAAGCUCAGCUAGUGCACAAGAUUCUUCUAAGAACCAAUCUGGUCAGGCCGUGCAGUUUGAAGUGACUACAACCAUUAAGGAUGAUAAAAUGGUGGGAAAUGCCAAUAAGUUCACAAGUAUUGCUUUGAUUCAAGAUGAUCAUUGGCCAAUUAGCAGCAACAAGACUCCUGAUAGUAAAACCAUUGAUCAGGGCAAAGAUUUAUUUGAUACAUGGAAUGAUUUUACAGGCUCAACAAGUGUGCAAGAUUUUCCUAACGAACAAACUGCUCCAGCCAAACAGUCUGAAAUCACUGCAAAUGUUGAGGAGGUGAAUAAUUCUUCUUUUGAUUGGUUUCAAGUUGAUCUAGGGCAAACCAGCAGCAACAAGGCCCCUGGUGAUAAAACUACUGAGGAAGACUAUGAUUCAUUUGAUGCUUGGAAUGGUUUUACAAGCUCAACUAGUGCUCAGGAUCCUUCUAUUAAACUAUCUGUUAAUCAUGUGCCACCAUCCGUUGAGCAGACUUCAGAGAUAAAGUUCAUAGGAACUAACAACAAUGUGCAGAAUGAUGAUUUUGGUAGUUUUUCUCAAGCACAUUUCUUUUCAGGAGAAUUCAGUGAUCAAAAUGGCUCUAAAGAAGUUAAUAUUAUGCAGUCAGAGCCUUCAGUCUCAAAAAGGUUUAAUUUGCAUGGCUNUUCUUCUAAGAACCAAUCUGGUCAGGCCGUGCAGUUUGAAGUGACUACAACCAUUAAGGAUGAUAAAAUGGUGGGAAAUGCCAAUAAGUUCACAAGUAUUGCUUUGAUUCAAGAUGAUCAUUGGCCAAUUAGCAGCAACAAGACUCCUGAUAGUAAAACCAUUGAUCAGGGCAAAGAUUUAUUUGAUACAUGGAAUGAUUUUACAGGCUCAACAAGUGUGCAAGAUUUUCCUAACGAACAAACUGCUCCAGCCAAACAGUCUGAAAUCACUGCAAAUGUUGAGGAGGUGAAUAAUUCUUCUUUUGAUUGGUUUCAAGUUGAUCAAGGGCAAACCAGCAGCAACAAGGCCCCUGGUGAUAAAAUUACUGAGGAAGACUAUGAUUCAUUUGAUGCUUGGAAUGGUUUUACAAGCUCAACUAGUGCUCAGGAUCCUUCUAUUAAACAAUCUGUUAAUCAUGUGGCACCAUCCGUUGCGCAGACUUCAGAGAUGAAGUUCAUAGGAACUAAUAACAAUGUGCAGAAUGAUGAUUUUGGUAGUUUUUCUCAAGCACAUUUCUUUUCAGGAGAAUUCAGUGAUCAAAAUGCCUCUAAAGAAGUUAAUAUUAUGCAGUCAGAGCCUUCAGUCUCAAAAAGAAUUCCUGAUGUUAACACAACAAAUGGAGGAAAUGCUAGAGAAGCUGCAAAAAGUGAAGAUGCUUCAAAUACAACCACUAAGACAACGACUAAUGAUGUAGAGAUGCUAAUGUCACAGAUGCAUGACCUAUCAUUCAUGCUUGCUAGUAAUCUCUCGGUUCCAUCAAAACAAGAUGAAUGUGGUUCAUUUUCUAAACAUUGAAACACUUUUUUUGUUUUUUUUGCCCUUUAGUUAAUCAGUAUAUAGUGUUUGUUGUCCACUCUGUAAUCUAUUUUGUUUGAUCCAUAUUCCAGUAUUCUUUAAUGUAGUAAAGUCGGCAUAUGGCUUCAUUUUCUAGCCGUUUCUUUGAUUAUUUUUUUCUCCAAAACAGUUAUGCUCUUCCUUUGUGUACUGAUUAGUAUCUUUUAGCCAUGUUGGAAUUGAUAUAAUUCAAUAU